AAUAAUGUUCUCACAUAACCUAUAAAAUUUAGUAAAGAAAGACUACUUGGGUAUGAAGUCUUGUUCAUGUUUGCUUUGUAUAUAUUGUUAUAAAUGCAAUUUUAAAUCACAAAGUUUUAAUAUCUAAUUUUUUACCAUACUUAUCUAAUCUGUUAAAAAAUGGAUGAUUCUUCAAUGUCAGGAGGCCGGUCGAGACGCCAAAAAGCUGAUAAGGCCUCAAAGUUUGAGAAGCUGAAGCAGCUGAAAGGGAGUAAACACAAGUACGAGAUUCAGGAAGUUGAGAACGUCUACGAGGAGGUUGAUGAGGACACAUAUGCUGAAAGAGUUCUCGAAAGGCAAGAAGACGAUUGGAUUGUUGAUGAUGAUGGUGCGGGAUAUGUGGAAGAUGGACGGGAGAUUUUCGACGAUGAUCUCGAUGAUGACUCGCUCUCCCGUAGCAAGAAGACAGAGGGUCAAGGAAGGAAGCGUGGCCGACCCAAAACAGAGAAGCCUGAGGUGGCGAGGCCUGCCGGUGGCAACAUCAGGAGCAUGUUCGCCAACAUGCCUGCCAAACGGAGGAAAGAGUCGGCAGUGAAGCUAGAAGAUGAUGAUAUCCUGGGAGAUCUGAUCCAAGAAAUAGACUCAACUCCCAGCAGUGAUCGUAGGGGAACCCCCUUGAGUGUGAAGCAAGAAGUCACUUCCAGGGACUACCUGAAGUCGUUUUCAACAGUGACCCCUAGGCCUAAGCCAGUGAAAGCCUCGCUGGUUCCUAAACCAAUCAUCACUCCGAAACCAGUUGUCCUAAAACGCAAGGUUGAGGCUGAGAACGAUCACAAUGGUUGCGAUGAUGUCCCAGUGAUUGAGGAGGACUUUUCACAGGAUGUGAUCCCAUCAUCAGAAACUAUGGAGACAGAUGAAUUUCAUGUUGAGAUUAAAAAAGAGCCUGAGGAUGUAAAACCAAUGAUUGAAGAUUUCGACUCCAAUGAUGGGUUCUCAGAAAUGGCUUUUCAACAGGUGGAUAAAGUGAUUGAAGAGUUUGAGUCACAAGUAACGGAACCACAAGUCAAAGUGAAGCAAGAGGUUAUGGAAGAAGUUAAGGACAGUAAAACAGAGAUGGAGGAGAAGCUACUCAGUGGGGCAUUGUGGGAUGAGGUAGAGAGCUCGGCUGGUGGCGGGGAAUCGGCUUCCACUGUCAACGUGGAUCUUUCCCAGUUACCUCUGACCACUAACGAUAAAGGAGAGAAGGUGUUCAGAUUCUUCUACUGGGAUGCGUACGAGGAUGUUUUCAAGCAGCCAGGAGUGGUUUACCUAUUCGGGAAAGUAUUUGUAGCAUCGGCCGAUACCUACGUUAGUUGCUGUGUAGUGAUGCGCAACAUCGAGCGCACCAUUUUCCUGUUGCCCAGGGAAGAGUUUGUUGAUCUUAGCUCUGGGAAUUCUACGGGACGGCCAGUAACACUCAACGACGUUUACGACGAGUUCAAUUCGAAAAUCGCUGUGAAGUACAAGAUAAAUCCGUUCAGAUCCCGACCUGUCCUGAAGAACUAUGCUUUUGAGAUAGACAAUGUGCCUAAAUCUUGUGAAUAUGUAGAGGUGAAAUACUCGCCCAGUAUGGCCCAGCUGCCAAAAGACUUAAAGGGAGAAACGAUUGCUCACGUUUUUGGCACAAACUCCUCUUUCCUCGAGUUGCUCUUACUGCAGCGGAAGAUCAAAGGACCUUGCUGGCUGGAUCUGAUCGACCCUGCCCCUGCUACCAACCCUGUUAGUUUCUGCAAAGUCGAGGUAUUAGGUGGUCAUAUCCACAACCUGUCGGUGUGUGGUGGAGGAUCCCUCCCUCCACCUCCUCCACUGGUGGUGGCCUCCCUCUCUCUCCGCACGGCGCUUCAUCCCCGCACUAGUCAGACGGAGAUAGUGCUGGCCAGCGUGGUGGUACACAACAGUUACAGUGUGGACAAGCAAGUGGGCAAACAGCUGUUCCACCAACAUUUCUGUGCGUUGACGAGGCCGUCGGAUGCGAUGUUCCCGGUGGACCUGCGCGACCGGCUGCGCAGUGAGGGACGUCUCCACGUAGAACGCUGUGACAGCGAACGCGCCCUGCUGUGUUACCUGCUGGCCAAGCUCAGCAAGCUGGACCCGGACUUGGUGGUGGGUCACGGGCUACUGGGGGGAGACCUGGAUGUUCUUGUACACCGGCUGGCGCAUCUCAAGAUCCCCAACUGGUCGAGGAUCGGACGGCUUAAGCGAGCCAAUAUCCCACCUCCAGGGAAGGCACGAUUCCAAGUAGAGAGAUAUCCAAUGUGCGGACGACUCGUUUGUGACGUAAAACUCUCGGCUAAGGAGCUCAUCAGAGCCAGGAGCUACGAGCUGGGCACCCUCUGUCAGUCUGUGUUACAUGUGAAUGUAGAGAGGCUGGAAGUGACCCCAGACGAGGUGAAAGCCAAGUACAGCUCCAGCAGUAGUCUAGUGGAGCUGGUUAGAGCGACAAUGGUAGACUCUGUGUACGUGCUGCGACUCAUGUAUGAGCUGAACGUCAUCCCUCUGGCACUGCAGAUCACCAACAUUGCGGGAAAUGUGAUGUCCCGGACUCUGAUGGGUGGAAGAGCGGAAAGAAACGAGUUCCUGUUGCUGCACGCUUUCACGGAGAAGGACUACAUCGUGCCUGACAAGCAGUAUGGCAAGAAGCCAAUAAAGCACAUGGACAUGGAGGAGCUGUUGGUGGAGGGAGUACCCAACAAGAAGGGAGGACGUAAGAAACCAGCAUACUCCGGAGGUCUGGUGUUGGACCCCAAAGUUGGCUUCUACGACAAGCUGAUCCUGCUGAUGGACUUUAACUCACUGUACCCGAGCAUCAUCCAUGAGUACAACAUCUGCUUCACUACAGUGAGGAAGAUCAUCAUGAUAAGUAAUGAGGGGGAGGUGGUGUCGGCAGAACCUCCGGACACAGACGAGGAGUUGGGUAUCUUGCCCACUGAAAUCCGGAAGCUGGUGGAGAGUCGAAGGGAUGUUAAGAAAAUGAUGAAGGCCUCCGGUCUUCCUGCAGAUCUCAAAUUACAGUAUGAUAUUAGACAGAUGGCCUUGAAACUGACGGCUAACAGCAUGUAUGGGUGUCUGGGCUUCUCCAACUCACGGUUCUACGCUAAACCUCUUGCAGCUCUUAUCACAGCUAAAGGCAGAGAGAUACUGAUGAACACAAAGGAUCUUGUGCAGAAAUUGAGCUACGAAGUGAUCUACGGAGACACUGACUCUAUCAUGAUCAACACCAACAUUCUGGAGUAUGAGCAGGUCUUCAAGAUCGGCAACAAGAUCAAAGCGGAGGUGAACAAGAUGUACAAGCACGUGGAGCUGGACAUUGACGGUGUGUUCAAGUACAUGCUGCUGUUGAAGAAGAAGAAGUACGCAGCGGUCUCGGUGACAAAGUUACCCAAUGGGGAGCUGGUGUGCUCUCAGGAGGUCAAAGGGCUGGACAUGGUGAGACGAGACUGGUCACAACUAGCCGCAGAGGCCGGCAGGUUUGUACUGACUCAGAUUCUGUCUGAUCUGGAGCCAGAUGAACGUAUCCAGAAUAUCCAUGCUCAGCUGACGAAGGUGGGCAACGACCUGAGGGAGGGCAAGGUUCCUCUGUCGCUUAUGACCAUCACCAAACAGCUGACCAAGGCUCCCGACGAGUACUCGGACAAGAAGAGUCAACCACAUGUUCAGGUGGCCUUGAGACUGAAUGCGAAAGGAGCGAGACUGAAGGGCGGAGACACUGUGCACUACGUGAUCUGCGAGGACGGCACCAGCAACCCAGCCACUCAACGAGCCUACCAUGUGGACGAGCUGAAGACAUCAGACACCCUCCGACUGGACGUCAAGUACUACCUGAGCCAGCAGAUACACCCCGUGGUCAGUCGGCUGAUAGAGCCGGUAGAAGGCACAGACAGCGCGCAGGUCGCCGAAUGUCUUGGCCUUGAUCCAACUCAGUUCAAAGAGAAGCCAAAGCCAACCGACGAUUUCGGAGCGGGUGAAGCCAUUCUUCUGAAAGACACAGAAAGGUUCAAGAAUUGUGAUAAAUUUGUAUUCAAGUGUGUGAAUCCUGAGUGCUGUUGUGAGAUUGCGGUCGAAGGUCCGGUCAGAAAAACUGACACGAGCAGUCAGACACAGUUGGUGUUGGAGAGAUGUUCCAACCCGGAGUGUAAGGUGCAGCCUCUCCAGUACUUGGCUGACAUACGCAACUCCCUCACGCUGGCCAUGAGGUCGUACAUCGUCAAGUACUAUCAGGGGUGGCUGAUAUGUGAGGAUCCUGGCUGCCCCCAGAGAACUCGCAGACUCCCCCUCCACUUUGAGAACAAGUAUCCAGUCUGUACCCACUGCGGCAAGAACAACAUGUACCGGGAGUACUCGGAGAAGCAGUUGUACACCCAGCUGAGUUAUUUCCAGCACGUGUUUGACAUCAACAAGCCGCCCUACAGUGAAAUGAGCAUAAACAUAGACACUUUCAAUGCGUACUGUGCGCUCAAGGAACACGUGGCACGCACGUUGGCGUGCAGCGGCUAUUCAGUCAUCAGUCUCACCAAGCUCUUCAGUGGACUCUUCCCAGAACCGAUCAAAAUAAAGAAAGAACCGGUGGAUGACCGAUGAAAUCGAUAGUCAUUCUAGGGGUUAUUUUAAACGGUUCUAUUUUAACAGGUAUUGUGAUGAAUGUUAUUGUUUCAUUUACUCCCAUGUAUUAAAUGUUGAGACAAAUAUUUGUUUGUAAAUUAGAAAAUCUCAUUAUGAAAUCGUCUGUUAUGAAAUUUCACACUCCAUUGUUUGCCAACAUGAUGGUUGGCUCAAUGGUUUUUAAAUUUUAUUGCAACAACAGUUUUAAGCUGCACUUAAUUUUUUUCUUAUUUAAACAAAAUGGAGUCCUUUUUAAUUGCUCUGCCCGUUAGUUGUCGUGGCCUUUGAGAUUGGGUGUUUAGUAUUCUUUCAUCUCUUACAUUUUGGAGUUGGAUUGUGUUUUCUAGUGAGCUGAUGAUUUUCCUAAAGUUUGUUUCAUAAAAUUACAGUAGCAUCGGUAAAUUCUGAUUUGUUUUAAGAACAGGUUUCAACAGACAUUAAAAUAAUCAAAUGUGUUAUUCACUCUCUGUAUUUGAAAACCCGCUAAGCCAUAUAUUUUGCUGUUCUCAAAGUGCCACUAUUUUGGUUUUAUUAUUUCCCGUGAUGUAUAUUGUGGUUAUAUGGAUUGCUCACAGAGCAAGUACCAAAUUGCAAUUCUUUAAAACUGUCUUUAGACAUGUUUUUAUUAAUAAAAUGUUUACUGAGUUAACAAUUUAUUGUCAGUUAGGCUAUGUUAAGUUGGCACGAAGACUGAGUUAGCAUACGUAGGAUAAUUUUACUGACACAAGCCUCAGCCAUGUAUUUUUUUAGAAAUUAUUUUUUAAUUUGUUCACAUCUUUAAUAUACUUCAUGCUGUUAAGCUAGUAACCUUUUAAUUUUUGCUGAUAAAAUGUGGCAAGUAACUACCAAUUGCUGAAUAGACUGGUAGGAAUUGAUUUUGGGUGAUCGAUUCCUAACACAAAAGCUUGAUUUGAUGAUUAGGUUACUGAACUAACUAAGGUUUGAAAAAUAUUCAAAUUUGUAUUACUUAUGCACCUGUCAGCCAUCCGCUCAUAUUUUAUGAAUUUGAGUAUUUAGUUACUAACUCAAUAAAAAAAAGAAUUGGCAUUUAAAAAAUUUUCAAUCAGAGGUUUUGAGUUUUUAGUCUAAAAAUGAAAAAUAGUUUUAAAUGGUCGUCCUCAAACAAUUUCAAUCUGUGAAACAGAAUAAAGCUUAAACCCUAUUUUCCCAAUAUCACCACAUAAAGGCUGGACCUCGUGGAAACACAAACAACUGUUGUAUACAACUUUUAUACUAUUUGCUUGUGAAGGGAAUAUUGUAUUUCUACUAUGUAUAUAUUUGUAUGUAUAAUAUUUUAUAAUAAAAAGUUUGUUCUUA